ACAGUUUGUUGUCGCCCAGCAACUAGGAAACAAAGCGCAUGCGCAGUGUUUAAUCGGUUGAGCUGGACCAGGCGUAAUAUAAAUGCCUCGUACACUAUUGAAAUAAGUCCUCGAAUGAUGUUGGGAAGUACAAUCAUAAACCAUCGACAGCAUAUUGGACUGCAGAAACUGUUGGCGCUGGCAGGAAUCUCACAUUCCUCUUUGGGCCCUUGUAUAAAGUACAAGUUUAUCCAAGAUGACAAGAGUGGGGAGUCUGCUCUUGUGUGCUCGUGUUUUCGCAUUAUUGAGACCAUGGAGCUGACCUGUGCAGUGGGUCAGCUUGUUUAUGAGACUAUUCAAGCCCACCAGAAGGUCUACCAUACAGGGUCGGGAUGCCUGCUGUUCCUAGCGGGGGCCUGGAGCCGUGUUGCCCUGGACUGUCUUCAGAGAGGAAUUUCAGUAGGGAACAUAAUCUCAGCAAUGUCUGAAGGGAUGGAUGUAUGUCUGGAUGCUUGCAGGAAAUGUGCCGUUUCAAUUGAUGGUCUGGGCGUGACAUCGUUAGAGAGUUGUGCUGUGAAAGUGUCCAAGAAACCCAUCAAACAUUCAUCGCCUGCAUUGUGCAGCAUGCAGGGAACAAUAAAGUUUGACGUCAAGACUCUGACCGUCGAUGAACAGAGAAAAAUAAAACUCAGCAGACAUUUUUGUGAGAUGAAGUCUGAAGAUGUCUCCAAAGUAUUGCUACAGUCUCCUCAGCCUAAGCUUCCUGACAUUGUACACAUUGCUGAGGGACUGAGUCAUGGUUGUGAUGAUGCAAUGAAACUUGUAGUCGAAGUUAUUCGGAUGCAGUCAAAAACUAAUCAAGAAGAUGUGAGCUAUCCCAUGUUUGACAUUACUAAAGUGGUGACUUGUAUGCUCCCUGGUUUACCAGAGGAUCAUGGGUGCGUUGUAUUUGGCUGUGUUGUUCUUUUAUCUGCUGAACAGGCUACAGUCGCUCAUCACUUAAAAGAACAACAACUGAAGGUUGUUCUCAUAAAUGGAGAUUUAUCACAUACUUACCGCCAUCUUGGCUUUAACAGGCCGACAGGUAUGCACCGUGUGAGGGAUCAUAUAGAUUUUUCGAGUUCGAGCAAAGAGGACGAAUGGGUGGAACGGACUGUGACACAUCUGCUGAACCUGGAAGUGAACCUGAUACUAAUCCAUGGGCACGCUUGUGAAAAAGUGAUUCAGCACUGUUUUAGGCAUCGUAUACUUGUAGUGGAAAAUGUGAAGGCUUCUGUUUUGAAGACAUUUGCCAGCUUGUCUGGAGUUGUUCCGGUAACCUUUGCUGCGCAACUGAGCAAGCAAAAUGUUGGCACUGGGGCAAAGGUUGCAAUAUGGAAAGACCUCAGUAGCCACGAGAAGUACUCCCUGGCUGUGAAUAUCUCAACUGGCAGCAACAGCAGGCUAGUUACAGUAAUCCUUACGAGCUCUAUACAUGGAAAGCUUCAGGCCCUGGAGGACCAGUUUUGGGCCUGUGCUUAUCGCUUACACUAUGCACUAAAAGACAGAGCUCUUCUACCAGGGGCGUGUGGGACAGAAAUGCUUUGCAUUCAUCACCUACAAAAGCGAGUGGAGUAUCAUGUCAUGUGUCACAGAGAAAAGAACGGUGAGAGAGGAACCAACCACUACAGGCGUGUAGUGUUGGACCUCAUGGCAGAUGGUUUAAUAGAUUACAUAUCCACUGUAAUGGUUAACACUGGAAGAAUUUCAAAAGUCAAAGCUAGGACUGAGGUGUGCCAACAACUGCAGGACUAUCUAGGCAAUGCUGCAAAGUCCCCACAACUUUUCUUAAACAGUGAAUAUCAGGAUAAUGAAGUCUUCACAGCACCAAAACCCAAUGAAGCACGAGCAGUGGAAAUCUAUGAUAAUCUGAGCGUGAAACAGGAAGCAUGGAGGAAAGCCUUAGAUCUUGUUUUCUUGGUUUUACAGACGGAUGCAGAGAUUAUCACAGGCGUAGACCAAAAAACUGAGAUUGCCGAGAACAGUCUCUUGCUGUUGUGAUGUUCAUGUAGAAUAUUCAGCCAAAAGAUUUCACUCUACAAGACAAACUGUUUUUUUCUUCCCAAACAAAGUGAUUUGUAAAAUAUGCUGUAAAUAAUACAGUGAAGGGCUUUUGAAAAAUGUUAUUACCUAUUUUCUGCCACAAGGGGGAGACAUCCUCUUUCUGAAUGUCUUCAGAAUUCUUUCUAAAACUUAUAUAUUAAAAAAAUAAUAAAUAAUAAAGUUAUGUUGAAUAACCAAGAAAUGUAGUUUUUCUUAUUUUUAAUUAACUUGGCCUUGUGUCCUCUGUCAUUAUGAUUCUCUAUUCUCCCUGGAAAUUCCCUUAAACAUUACUUUUUUUUUAUAAUAAAACAAUCAUGACUAACCUGAUCUAGGUUAUACAUAUCCUUGAACACAUGUUGACUUCGCACACAUUUCAGGCCGGGAAAAAUACUGCUACAUAUCCAAACCCACAAUUAGAUUUCCUGCUCGAGGGCUGAAUUUUGUUGUGCUUCUUCGUCUUCGAGCACUUGCUUAAUGAUAUUUGCCUAAGUUUCAUUAAGUGUCUCCAGUUUGGCUAUUACUGCUCACAUUGAAUGCUGACACUGCUUCUGUGCCAGGUGCGGCUCUUUUAUGACUUUCUGUGUCAUAAUUGGCAUGGUUGAUGCAGAAGGAACACCUCCAGACAGAGUAAAUGUUUUGGGUUAAGUCUUACUAGUGUCUGUGCUUUAAAAUACAUUUUCAGAGGUGAUGUCAGUUAUUCGAAUCCUGGAAAUCUUUCAUUAACACUUUCCCUCCUACAUAAUCACCUAAAGGUCACAUAAAUAUUUUGAAAGUCUGCAGUUUGGGCAGCUUUUAGAGUACUUAUACAUAUACAGAAAUUUGUAAUAGGCUAUUCAUACAAUACCUAUAUUAAGAUAAGUAAAAAUGAUUACGACUUGGAAAAUUCAAGAACUGCUCCCAAUGCACUGUUCAAUUUGGUUGGUGUCUUGAAAAAUUUCCCUUUUUUGCAUGUUGUGUUUUAGAGGUGACGGUUUCAAUGACUUGCGUGGUCUUCCAUUUCCUCUGAGGUCACAGAGAGCAAAGCUCAUUACACCCUAAAAAUAGUUCAGUGAAAUAAAAGUGUUACAAAGGUUUUACGGUGGAGACGGAAUAGUCUUGACUCAGACAUCAUUCAGUGUUGUUGCAGCAUUGAGAGGGGAGGGCAUGACAUAACGUAACACACACAACACUGGGGAGGAAGGUUGGAACGCCAAAACUGGUGACACAUCCGAGAGUUCAGGGUGAGUCCACCUCCUUUCUGUCUGCACGAAUCACUUAACAAAUUUAUAUAACGUAAAACUUAAAGGGCUCUCUGAGAGAUGAUUCAGAUAGAUGGAGUAUUUAUUCUGGGCAAUGACAAGUAGGAAAUGAAAAAACUUUAAAUAUAAAAUUAUGAGGAGAAAGGCCAGCUGAGGCAUUUUUUAAAUAUAGUUUAACAUUUUUUUAAAAAGUGUGUCACAAGUUUUCUCAGAAGAGUGGCUGGCAUUUCUCUUAGAGAUAGGGUGAGGAGUUCGGCCAUCCUAUUGUAAGCUGCUGAUUACAGCCUCGCAACAAGCGUGCCAAAUGAGCAAUUCUUUAUGCCACUGAAGUAAAUGAACUGAAGCUGAAUGUUGAUCAUCUUGCUACAAACCUUCGCUCUGAGCAUUCAUGUGGAUAUUCUCUGGCAUAUAUCAUAUUCUCAUAUCAUAUAUCAGAGCUUCCCUCACCCUCAGUGGCAAUGACACCCCCUGACAGCAGCAGACUCCCUACAGCAGGAUAUAGUAGGAUACUGAACUCUGCCACACCACAAAAUUGUUCAAGAGCAGUUUGAAAUAUAAAAAAAUAGCCCAACAUGCUAAUCCUGCCUAUAGGCGCUGCAGAUCCCAUCUAAUAAAGCUUCAAUAGAAUAAACUGGAAAAGCCUGAUUCAUGGAGGCCCCAUGCCAUAACCCACAAUCCUGAAAGAACUGUAGCCAGUGUCCUGUGCCAAACCAUGGAUUAUAUGCCAGAUACUACAAGACACCGCAGUGGUACUGUGUCCUUGCUAUGAUGGAUGGGAGCUGUUUUGUGCCAACGUGAUAUCUGGCAGGUUUUUAUUUUAUCACUGAUCAGUGUAUCCAUAUGUCAUCAUUGUACCUCUCAUAUAUUUACCUUUUCCCAGUGAAAAGAUAUUUAAAUAAGUAUUCAGGAUUGUGACAAAUGCUGAUUUGAAAAUUCCUAUAUGGGCAGCAAUAGUUAAGGUAGAAGGUUGGUGGAUCCCUGAUAUGGAUCCCUGAUGCCAAAGCAUCCAAGGGCAAGAUGAUAAAACCCGACUUGCAUCUGUGUGUGUGUGUGAAUGUUAGAAAGCACACAGGUAUAGAUAAGGCAUUAUAUAAGUACUAGUCAAUUUACAUCCUUACUAGUCCCCUGGCUGUGCUGUGUAUGUAGAAAUUAACAUUUGAAAAAUUGUGUAAAAGUGUAAA